CCUACUGUUUGGAUAUAGCUACCUGCUGUGUACAAGAGAUUCCCUCUGAAUAGUUGGGGAGUUUUAAAGCCCUACGAGGGGCAAACAGAGAUGAGACUUUCUUCUUGCCUGAUCACAGGGCCUUGCGGGACCAUGGCACUGCUCCGGGAGCCUGCAGGACUCUGUCUGGCUGUGGCCCUGGCCGUGGCGAUGGGGCCGAGCCUGGCCGUGGCAGGGCCGUGGCAGGACUGCACGGGUGCCCAGUGCCCUCUGCUGGAGAACUGCAUUGAGGAGGCGCUGGAGCCGGGCGCGUGCUGUGCCACCUGCGUGCGGCAUGGCUGUGCCUGCGAGGGCUACCAGUACUACGACUGUGUGCAGGGCGGCUUUGUGGAUGGCCGUGUGCCCGCUGGCCAGUCCUACUUCGUGGACUUUGGCAGCACAGAGUGCUCCUGCCCCCCGGGCGGUGGCAAAAUCAGCUGCCAGUUCAUGCUGUGCCCGGAGCUGCCACCCAAUUGCAUUGAGGCCAUAGUGGCAGCUGACAGCUGCCCGCAGUGUGGCCAGGUGGGCUGCGUCCACUCUGGCCGGAAGUACCCUGCUGGCCACACCAUCCACCUGUCAGCCUGCCGGGCGUGCCACUGCCCCGACACUGGCGGAGAACUCAUCUGCUCCCAGCUUCCUGGCUGUCACGGGAACCUCUCGGACACUGAGGAGGGGGACCCUGAGUGGCACUAUGAAGACCCCUACAGCUACGACCAGGAGGUGGCUGAGGGAGAGGCUGUGUCGGCCCUGGCGGGUGCAGCGGGCGCCCCAGCUGCCCUGGGAGGUGGGGUCCAGCCACCACCCACCAUCCAGGCCUCUCCCUGGUCAGCCAUUCUCCCCAGGCCCACGGCAGCUGCUGCCUUAGGUCCCCCGGCCCCUGUGCAGGCCAAAGCCAGGAGGGUGACGGAGGACACUGAAGAGGACAAGGAGGAGGGGGAAGAGGGAGCAGCAGUCACGGAUCGGCUGGCAGCGGGGGACCUCGGGGUGCUGGACAGGCUGCCCACUGAGGCCCCAGCGAGACCCACUGUAGCUGUCCAGGAAGAGCAGGCAGAAGCCAAGGCAGCGCCCGAGGAAAACCUCAUCCCGGAUGCCCAGGCCACCCCUCGCAGUGCCAGGAAGGAGGGUCCCGCACCCCUGCCAGGGUCAGGCCCCGCCGGUGUUGUCCCGUCACGGGCCAUGCUGAGCCCUCCUGAGGGUCCAGUUAAACCCAGCACCCAUCCCAUCCUGGCUGAGCCACUGCACAAGGAGGCCUGGGUCCUGCCCACCCAGGAAGUGCCUGAGCACCGGCCGGUUCUACCCCGUUCCCGGGCAGAGGAGGACACAGACCCCAAUUCUGUCCAUUCUGUCCCCAGAAGCAGCCCUGAAGGCUCCACCAAGGACCUGAUGGAAUCCUGCUGUGCAGUGGGGCAGCAGUGGGCCAUCGACAAUGACGAGUGUGCGGAGAUGCCCGAGAGCGGCGCUGAGGGUGACGUGUGCAGGACAGCACAGAGACACUGCUGCGUGUCCUACCUAGAGGAGAAGAGCUGCAUGGCUGGUGUGCUGGGAGCCAAGGAGGGCGAGGCCUGCGGGCCCGAGGACAACAACACCUGCAGUGGGUCCCUGUACAAGCAAUGCUGCGACUGCUGUGGCCUGGGGCUCCGCGUGCGGGCUGAGGGUCAAUCGUGUGAGUCCAACCCCAACCUGGGCUACCCCUGCAACCACGUCAUGCUGUCCUGCUGCGAGGGCGGGGACCCCCUCAUCGUGCCCGAGGUCCGCCGGCCUCCAGAGCCUGGGGCUGCGCUGCACAGAGGUGAGCCAGACAGGACCGCGCCACAGCCAGGGCCUGCACAGGAGUCUGCGCCAAGAUCCGAGGCUGCCCAGGCAGCCCUCAACACCAUCCCGCUGCCAGUGCCGCAGCCCAACACCUGCACAGAAAACGGGCCCUGCAGGCAGGUGUGCAGCGUCCUCGGAGGCUCCGCUGUGUGCUCCUGCUUCCCCGGCUAUGCCAUCAUGGCAGACGGCGUGUCAUGUGAAGACCAAGACGAGUGCCUGCUGGGCACUCACGACUGCAGCCGGCGCCAGUCCUGUGUGAACACCCUGGGGUCCUUCUCCUGUGCCAGCCACGCAGGGCUCUGUGCCGAGGGCUAUAUCCUCAACGCGCACAGGAAGUGCGUGGACAUCAACGAGUGCGUGACGGAUCUGCACACGUGCAGCCGGGGCGAGCACUGCGUGAACACGCUGGGCUCCUUCCGCUGCUACAAGGCCCUCACCUGCGGCCGUGGUGUCGGCGGGCAGGGAGCUGACACCCGGCCUCUGUGUGCAGACGUGGACGAGUGUACCAUGGGCUCGCACAACUGCCAGCCUGGCUUCUCGUGCCAGAACACCAAGGGCUCCUUCUACUGCCAGGCCCGGCAGCGCUGCAUGGAGGGCUUCCUGCAGGACCCCGAGGGCAACUGCGUGGACAUCAACGAGUGCACCUCACUGCCUGAGCCCUGCCGCCCUGGCUUCAGCUGCGUCAACACGGUGGGCUCCUACACGUGCCAGAGGAACCCACUGGUGUGCAGGCACGGGUACCACGCCAGCGAGGACGGGGCGCAGUGCGUGGACGUGAACGAGUGUCUGCCUGGGUGGACCUGGGUGGGCAAAGGGCUUCGGGUGAGCUCCACCCUCCCUGCGCCGCCCACCCAGUGCCCACGGCUACCCGACCCCUCCGCAGAUGUGAACGAGUGCUGGACCUCGCCGGGCCGGCUGUGCCAGCACACGUGCGAGAACACGCUGGGCUCCUACCGCUGCUCCUGUGCCAGCGGCUUCCGGCUGGCCGCGGAUGGCAAGCACUGCGAAGAUGUGAACGAGUGUGAGACCCAGCGCUGCAGCCAAGAGUGUGCCAACAUCUACGGCUCCUACCAGUGCUACUGCCGCCAGGGCUACCAGCUGGCGGAAGAUGGGCACACCUGCAGAGACAUCGAUGAGUGUGCACAGGCUGCCGCCAUGCUGUGCACCUUCCGAUGCCUCAACGUGCCCGGGAGCUACCAGUGCGCAUGCCCGGAGCAGGGCUACACCAUGAUGGCCAACGGCAGGUCCUGCAAGGACCUGGACGAGUGUGCACUGGGCACACACAACUGCUCUGAGGCUGAGACCUGCCACAACCUUCAGGGCAGCUUCCGCUGCCUGCGCUUCGAGUGCCCUCCCAACUACGUCCGAGUAUCUGAAACGAAGUGCGAGCGCACGGCGUGCCACGACCUGGGGGAGUGCCAGAGCUCGCCGGCGCGCAUCACCUACUACCAGCUCAACUUCCAGACCGGCCUGCUGGUGCCCGCGCACAUCUUCCGCAUCGGCCCCGCGCCGGCCUUCACGGGCGACACCAUCUCGCUGACCAUCACCCGGGGCAACGAGGAGGGCUACUUCGGCACGCGCCGGCUCAACGCCUACACCGGCGUGGUCUCGCUGCAGCGGCCGGUAACCAAGCCUGCCUCUGGACAUUUAAGAUCCAAGCGCGACGCCUGA